AUGGGGGAGCACUGGCGCGGUUCGCUCAACGGCCAGCGCAGCUCCGUGGCAGGACCAGGAGAAGAGCCCAGCAAUGUUGCCCUCGAGAGUUUGCGACUGCUGGAGCCCAGUCCCCAAGGUCCUCAGGAGGCCGAGCUGGGCUUCCAAGACCCUGAGGAGGAGAUUCCCCCCGAGGAGAUGGCUGGCAAUGAGCUCCUGGAGGCCUCCGGGCCAGCAGAGUCCCUGGACCUCGAGGAGGACGUCCCUGAGAUGAGCCGGCUGUCUAUCACUGAGGAGACCCCCAGCGUCUCCACGGCCAGGGGCAGGAGGCGGCAGCGGCGGCGGCUCCUGGAGUUGGCCAAGCCCAAGACCAACUGGCAGGGAUCCAGGGACAGGAGGGGGUGCUGCUGUGAGGGCUAUGCCUGGAUUUCCCCACGCAAGACCAUCCUGCAGUUCUGCCUCUUCUGGCCCUCCGUGUACUGGACCGAGCGCUUUCUCAAGGACACCACUCUGGCCAUCACCGUGCCUGUGGUGUCCCGCCGGGUGGAGGAGCUGGCCCGGCCUAGGAGGUUCUACCUGGAAUGCUACAACGACAACCGGACCACGCCCAUGUGGCCCAUCCCUCGGUCCACCCUGGAGUACCAAAGCUCUAGCCGCCUGAAGAGGCUGGCUGUCCCCAAGAUCCGGAACAACAUUUGGAGCAUACACAUGUCUGAGGUAUCCCGAGUAUCCAGGGCAGCCCAGAUGGCAGUCCCCAGCCCACGGACCCUCCGACUGGCAAAGCCCCGGGGCCCAGCCACCAUGUUGGAAGAGUGGGACCCCAUGCCAAAACCUAAACCCCACGUGUCAGACUACAACCGCCUCCUUCAACUGGCCAUGCCCAAGGCCCAGUCAGACAAGUGCGUUCCUGACCGCGAUCCCCGCUGGGAAGUGCUGGACGGCACCAAGAAGGCGGUGGCCAGUCCACGGGUGGUCUUCCUAGCCAAGCCCAGGGUGCGCAAGGAUCUCAAUGAGGACUACGACCCCUACCGCAUCUCCCCGGCCUCGCUGGUGGCACAGGCGUCCCCGCGCCUGUACGAGCUCGCCACCCCGAAGAGCAUCACCAAGAAAGUGUGACCAGGUCUGCCCGGGCUCCAGUAAACACCAAGAGCAACCCGUGUGCACUGAGCUUCUUGCUGGGUGGGCGCGCGCCUCCCCGGGAGCAAUAAUAAUGUGUAUUUUUGCAUGUG